AAAUCGUGUAAGUUGACAAACAGGGCCAUUUUGAAUUUGUCAAAAUCAUUCUUUUCCAUAUUCCAAAAAGCAGUGGCUCUAAUAUUCGUUUAUCAUCAUUUUUGCCAAGUGAAGCCAGAAAUCAUAUUCCCCACAACUUUUACGUGUCGUGUCAUCCACCUUUAAUUCAUAAUAUAUAUAUUAGGGCCAAGAAAAGACCAAUUUAUAUAUGAAUAUAUAUCCUCAGUUCAUAUGAUCAGUUGAUUUUAUUAAUUUAUCUAGUCGUUUGCUGAGGGUUGAAAUAAUUAAUGGGUACCAAUAACAUGAGUACUCCACACCAUGCAGGAAAUCCUUCACUAGAAUUCAAGGUAGACGAUAAGACGAAGCAGAUGAUAAUCCCAGCAAGGGAUCUUAACAUUGUUUGGGGCAAUGACACCCGGUACUGGAACGUACCCAUAGAUGAGGGAAGUGCAGUAGAAUUGAACCAAGUAUGCUGGCUAGAGGUAACAGGGUGCGUAGAGAAAACGAGUCCAGAAAAGAUAUAUGAAGUGGGGUUUGAAGUGUCAAUAGGGGCAGAUGCUUUCGGGUGGGGGAGCUCACCUCUGUACGUGAUGGUUAAGAGAGGGAAAGACGGCAAAUUUGAGUGGACCAAGUAUUCUAUGCAGGAUCAUCACCAAUCUCAUGAUCAUCACAUAUCUCUUACAGCAAAGCUCAUGUCUUCGUCCAAGAAGCAGCAGCAACACAAAGAAGAUGAUAUUCACGAUGAUAUUAUUAAUACUGAUAAUAAUAAUAAUGCAGCAGCAGAUGAGAAGAUUUACUUUGGUCUGUAUGAAGUGUGGAGUGGCAAGUGGAAGGGUGGACUCAAAAUUCACCAUGCUUUUGUACAUGAAUUACCUGCAACCACCACCACUAAUUGACGUCGUACGGCUAACUUCUACUACUACUACUGCUGCCCGCCGGCCCCUUAUUUUAUAUCAAUUAAUUAGUUAAUUCCAAGAGCUUGUUUAUUGAUAUAUUGAUCAUGCAUAUGCUAGAUUGCUAGUAUA